AUGAUGAACAUUACGUUAUGGAUGCAGCAGGCAAAAGAAGUCACUAAAAAAAUCUCUGAUAUGAUGUAUAUGCCACCAGCGGAUAAUGUUGAGUUAGAAAAGACCUCAGCUGAUGCUGCGUCCGAGAAAGUAUGUAUUGGAAUGGAAACUGAAGAAGAAAGUACUGGUUUAAAGGAAGUAGAAAAUAAAGAAAAUAUAUCAUCGAACAGUGGAUUAACGAUGAAAAUUGAGAAUGAUAAUAAUAGCAAUCAGAAUGCUGGAGGAUUAGAUCGAAACAAACUUGAAACUAAUGCUGCUGCUACUGUCGAAGCUGCAAAGAAAUAUGCAAAUUCCUUCUUUUCUAUGGCAAAAGAGGCAACAACAAAAGCUGCAAUUACUGCUGAAGAAACCGCGAAAAAGUUGCAAAAUGUUGUUGCUGAAAAAACAAUAAUUGGCAGUUUGGAUAAAGAGCAAGCUAAAUUCAAAGAUGAAAUAAAUGCAAAUAAAUUAGCAGCAUGUAUAUUGCCAUGGUCCGAUCUCCCAGACCAGUGGCUUGCUAAAAAACACAUUUUAUCACUUUCAUUGGAUGCUCGGAAUUUUACUCGUGAUCCUCCAUCAGAGACGAAUUUUGAUUUCGCACAGAUGCAAUCGGUGGCAGCUGCUUUACUAGAAGAUGAUCCAAAUUUGAGAAAAAUUAGAUUCCAGCUUGUUCCAAAAAAGCUAAAUGAAAAACGUUUUUGGAGAAAUUACUUUUAUCGUGUUUCACUAGUGCGACAAGCAGCGCUGGGAGAGAAUUGUUCACCUGUUCCAGAAGUUCCUGUUUCUUCAAAAUCUGUUGAACAAGAUGAAAAUGUAAAAUCGUCCAGCUUAGAAGACAAAGAAGCCGAAGAGAAAAAAUUAGAAAUAAACAAAAGAGAUGAACUUUCAAAAACUAGCACGAAAGAGCAAAACGAAACUGAAAAUGAAGACAGUGAGACGAAAAAUAAAAAGCUGAAUGAAAUUCGUGAAAAUAUUGCUAAUGCUACACAAGAAAAGAUUGGAGAAGACUUGGAGCGAGAUUUGAUAAAUUCUCUGAAUGAUUAUGAACUGGUAAGCGGUCAAAUGGACAGAACAGAUGAACAAUGGGAAGAGGAAAUAACUGAAUUACUUAAUUCAGCAUAA